AUGGCGUCUCGCCAGGCAAGGUCGUCGUCGAUGACGGUCGCGCUGUUGCUCGUGGCCGCGGCGGCGGUACAGAUGCUCGUCGUCGACGCGGCAACGGCAACGGCAUCGCCAUCGGCGUCGGCGAAGAAGAGGCCGGUGGUGCCGGCGGUGAUCGUGUUCGGGGACUCGACGGUCGACACGGGCAACAACAACGCGAUCAACACGGUGCUGAAGAGCAACUUCCCGCCGUACGGGCGCGACCUGCACAUCCCGGGCGGCGGCGCCACGGGGCGGUUCUGCAACGGGCGCCUCCCGCCGGACUUCGUCUCCGAGGCGUUCGGCCUGCCGCCGCUCGUGCCGGCGUACCUCGACCCAGCCUACAGCAUCCAGGACUUCGCCACCGGCGUCGUCUUCGCAUCCGCCGGCACCGGCCUCGACAACCGCACCGCCAGCGUCCUGGCAGUGCUCCCGCUGUUGAAGGAGGUGGAGUACUUCAAGGAGUACCAGCAACGGCUGGCCAAGUACGUCGGGCCCGACCGCGCCAAGCACAUCAUCUCCAACGCCGCCUACAUCGUCAGCGUCGGCACCAACGACUUCCUCGAGAACUACUACCUCAUGGUCACGGGGCGGUUCCUGGAGUUCAGCGUCGGCGAGUACUCCGACUACCUCGUCGCGCGUGCGGAGGAGUUCCUCACCUCCAUCUACAAGCUCGGCGCGCGGCGGGUCACCUUCGCGGGCCUCCCCGCCAUCGGCUGCGUGCCACUGGAGCGCACCCUCAAUGUGCUCCGCGGCGGGGGCUGCAACGAGGAGUACAACCAGGUGGCCAGGGAGUACAACGUCAAGGUGAAGGCCAUGAUCGCCAGGCUCCGGGCCAACCUCAAAGAGUUCAGGCUCGCCUACAUCAACAUCUACGACGCCAUGGUCGACCUCAUCGACCAUCCUGAGAAGCUCGGGCUGGAGAACGUCUCGGAGGGGUGCUGCGCGACGGGGAAGAUUGAGAUGGGGUACCUCUGCAACGAUGUGUGCCCGCUGACGUGCGACAACGCUGACAAGUACUUUUUCUGGGACUCGUUUCAUCCCACUGAGAAGGUGAACCGCUUCUUCUCCAAACGGACCACGGAGGUGUGGUUAAGCUUGUUAAGGUAGCUCCAGUAUGUACUCCAUCAUUCAUCAGG